UAAAAAUAAGGUCGCAAGCGUGGCGCGGCUUCGGCGAGCGACUACCGAGCGCUCCGCAGUCGAGGAUCAUUCGCCGCGAGUUACAGCCGAACUAUAACGAAUAGCAACCAUGGUUUACGAAAGUGAUUUUUACACGACGCGCCGGCCGUACUCCGUCCGCUCCAACUACAGCGUGUCGCCCCUGACGUCGGUGUACUACCUUUCGUCCUAUGUACCGUAUUACCAUAUCCCGUACGUGACGUACAUACCCAAGCUGUCUCAGGCUGAGUUAAUAUACCGGCCAACGACUCGCACUGUGACCCGACUCGCCACCUACCCCGAAGUGCCGCACCACGUGGUACGCGUGCGCGUGCGACCGUCCGUCGUGCUGAGGGAGCUGGACCGCAUCGCCUACCGCCACCGCCCCACACUCGCCGUCUCCGGUCUCGACGACUACUACAAGUCCGAAGCCACUAGGGCAUUCGAGGAUGAGACUCGUCGUAUCCGCGCGGACACCGCGUCGCUGCUGCAGCGGGCUCGCUCGGUCGUGCCUCGUGCCAAGACCGUUGCUCCCCUCGACACUAUUUACUCAUACUCCUAUGGAGAACCAGUACCUUACCGCUUCAGCAACGAUGCUUACAUUGCGAAACUUCUGGUGCCUUUGGGCAGUGUCGCGGACCAUAUUCGCCAAAUGGCCUUCUACAGUGCCCCAGCCCGAGAGAGGUUCACAGGACGCGGCAACCUAGCGUGCGUGCACUAUUCCGGUAAAAAGGCCUUCUCCAACCGCAGACCUCUGUACAAGGAAUUAAGCAUCAGGGACGACGUCAACCUUCUAUCGUUUUACGCGAAAAAUAGGCUCGCUGCUGCCGGUUUAGCUGGCGAAAAAGCCACAGUGAAACUCCUACCCUGGAGACCGAGCCGCAAGUUCCAGGCCCCCAAGACGAUGGAAGAUCCCGAUUUGGAGUUAAAAGCGACGAGAGCUGAGCGUGAACAAAGAUUCAGAGCUACUACUGCGGAGCCUGUAUUGGCACCGGCAGCUGACUUAGCCGAAAUCAAACGCAAGAGACAAGAAGAAGCGCGUGCUGCUGAAGAAAAGGCACUCAAAGAGGAAGCAAAACGAGAAGCUGAGCGUAAAUUACAGGCUGAAAGAGAACUUGCUGAAAAAAAACGCGCUGAAGAAGAAGCUCGCCAAGCAGAAGAAGCAAAAAGGCAAGCUGAAGAAGAAGCAAGAGCAGCUGAGGAGGAAGCAAGGUUAGCCGAAGAAGCCAAACUAGCCGAAGAAGCUAGGUUAGCCGAGGAAGCCAGAUUGGCUGAAGAAGCUAAAUUAGCCGAAGAGGCGAGAUUAGCGGAAGAGGCUAGGAUAGCUGAAGAAUCCAGGUUAGCGGAAGAAGCUAGAUUAGCAGAAGAAGCCAAGCUGGCCGAAGAAGCGAGGUUAGCAGAAGAAGCAAGAUUAGAGGAAGAAGCUAGACUAGCUGAGGAAGCAAAAUUAACAGAAGAGGCUAGAAUUGAAGAAGAGAGGCUAGCAGAACAAAUGAGACAAGAGGAAUUAGCAAAACUCGAGGAGUUGGAAAGACAAGCACAAGAGGAAAGAGAAGCUGAACUUGCGCGCCAGGCUGCAGAGCUAGCUGAAAUUGCAAGACAGGAAUCUGAAUUAGCUGCUGCUCGCUUAGAAGAACUGUCCCACAGUGCCUCAGCUGGUGACAAUGUUGCAGAAACUGAUUCAAGUGAUGUACAAGGGGAUAGCGCUGAACCCCUUAUUGAAGAACCUGAGAGUCCAGAAGCAAUUCCCAAUGAAGAACCAAGGAAUGAAGCUGAGGUUGUUGAAGAAAGUGAAGACGAAAGAGCUGAACCAGAUUUAACAGACGAAGAAUAAAUUUAACUUUCCCUAAUUAUUGCUCGAAUAUUGAUGUUGUAAAAUUCUAUUUGUUAAUGUAUUCCUGUGUUAAUAACAAUUUGAACUAGAUAUGCAUUUGUUGACGGGCAUAUUAAACCUAUUCAAUAUUCAUGCUAGUAAAUAUAUAUAUUAGGGGAUGCAUGAUAUUGUAUUAGUGAUAAUACCCGGACUUAUAAAAAAAUGAUUUUUUUACUCUAUUGUUAUAUUUCAUUUACGUAAAUAUAAAUUUACGUCUAAAAUGAGAAUAGCAUUUUAGCGUUGUUGUGAAUAAUGAAUUGUUAACAAUUUUGUUUUCUUAAUGUUUAAGAAUCUGUUUUGUAAAGUUAUAUUUUGUAUAAUUUAACAAUAAAAGACAUUAACAAUA